AUGAGCAUGAGCAGAGGCUCCGUCUGCCGGAGAUGCCUGUUAACGAUGAAGUCCAUGGCUGGUGGAGGACCAACAUCAACAUACGCUCAACAACGCGGCAAAAAGACAUGGCACGGCCCCAAGUACCAGGCGAAGAUUGACCAGGCACAGGCUGAUUGGGAAGAGCGGGCUGAAAAGAUCAAGAAGGGGGAGAUUCAACACACAUGGGAUAUGUUUGUUGAGAGAGGCUAUGUGAAGGACACAGCUGGAUCUCAUGAAACUAUUCGCAAACUGAUGCUUCACAAACGGAUUGGCGCCUACACUGGCAUUGACCCAACGGCGCCCUCUCUACACAUUGGCCAUUUGCUCCCGCUCAUGCCGAUUUUCUGGAUGUAUAUGCACGGUUACGCUGGUUACACUCUGAUCGGUGGCGCGACGGCCAAGAUUGGCGACCCUACUGACCGGUUGGUCAGCCGCACGCCUCUCAAAAGGACCGACCUCACCAUGAAUUUGACCAAGAUACACUACCAACUCAAGGCCCUCUGGAUGAAUGUGGAAGAACAGGCAAGGAGGCGGGGCUUCGAGAAGGAUUGGGCAUGGAAACGGGCUGUUGUGAACAACUCUACAUGGUGGAACUCGCUUCCUCUGAUCGAGGUUCUCAAGAGGUUAGGGGAUAGUAUGAGAAUGGGUCCCUUGCUGUCCCGCGAUACGGUCAAGAACAAAAUGUCGAAAGGCGAUGGCAUGUCCUUCUCAGAAUUCACCUACCCGCUCAUGCAAGGUUGGGAUUGGUGGCAUAUGUAUCAGGCAAAUGGAAUCCAGAUGCAGAUCGGUGGCUCCGACCAGUACGGAAACAUCGUGACCGGCGUCGAGACGGUGAAAGUCGUCCGUGAUAACGAGCCAGAUCCGGCGAAAAAAAUUGAAGGUGGUCCCUUCAACGAUCCGGUCGGCUUCACCGUCCCCCUCUUAACAGACUCAGCCGGUGUCAAGUUUGGAAAGAGCGCCGGCAAUGCCGUUUGGCUUGACAAGUUCCAGACUUCCGAGUUCGACCUUUACGGUUACUUUGUGCGGCGAUCCGAUCAAGAGGUCGAGAAGCUUCUCAAGCUCUUCACCUUCCUGCCUAUGGAGAAUAUCAACGAGGCCAUGAAGAUCCACAGCGAGAACCCCGCCCGACGAGUUGCUCAACAUCUGCUGGCCUUUGAGGUAGUCGGCUUGGUGCACGGCAUGAACGCGGCGCAUAGGACCGCCUUGAACCACCAGGCCAGGUACGGAAAGCAAAUCGACAUCCCCGGCGUCACGCUCAGGAUGCCCAAGGCAGCAACCGAGGACACGCCACCCUCCAUUCUAGACGCCCCCAAGAUGGACAUGCAACUGCCCGAAUCUCUCAUCAUGGGCAAAUCCAUCGGCCGCAUCCUCUACGCCGCAGGCCUCGCAAAGAGCGCCUCAGAAGGCCACCGCCUCGCCACCCAGCAAGGUGCCUACAUUGGCGCCAUGCCUGGCCACAAGCGCACCGAGGACAACAAGGUGAUGGACUACUCCCAGCUCAGCUUCACACCCAUCAAGCUCUGGUUCCCCCAGGAGACGAGGAACUACCUCAUCGACGGCAAAUUGCUCAUCCUCCGCAAGGGCAAGGUCCAGAUUCGCGUCAUUGAGAUGGUCAGCGACGAGGAGUGGAAGGAGUCUGGUCAGACGUACCCUGGCGAGCCGGGGACCGGUGCGCUGCGCAUGCUUCGCCAGCAGUUGAAGAUGCUGAAGUCGGGGAUGCUGACGCCGGACGAGGUCAAGGCCAACUUGAAGAACCAUGUCGAGGAGGAGGCGCCGCCGCCUGGGUUUAUGAAGUUUCCGGAUCAGGACUCUUAUGCUAUUAGGAGGGCGACUCAGGAGCUGAUGGAUGAGAUUCACCAGAAGGAGGUAGGGGGUGAUUCGCCGAGGGAAGAGAGGAGGGAAUGA